CUAAAAUUAGGGAUUUCCGAUAUUCAUAUAAAGCUCAAAUCUUUCAGUUUUUGUGUUGCACACCCCAUAAUCAUAUCCUUCUUUCUCUGAACUCCAUUUCCAUCAGGAAGAGAAAUGUCUAAACCUUACCAGCAACUCUCUUCAUAUGUGUUCAUCUUCUUAUCAUUAGCCACCCUUUUCCAUCUCUCACAUGGAGAUGUUGGCACUGCAGCCCACUACAGUCCCCCAUAUUUACCAACUGCUUGUUUUGGUAAUGAUGAGUCGCAGUUCCCACCAAACAACCUGUUUGCGGCGGCCUCAGAGGGCAUAUGGGACAAUGGGGCGGCCUGUGGGAGACAGUACUUGGUGAGAUGCAUCAGUUCCAGUGUCCGAGGAGCUUGUCGUCCAGAUCAGACCAUUCGGAUUAAGAUUGUCGAUAGAGCAGCAAGCUCAGUUACUAGACCUUCAUCUGCUGGUGCAACUAUUGUUCUUUCUGAUACUGCAUUUUCUCGGAUUGCUCAAACUCUUGUAGCAUCUGUUAACAUAGAAUAUCAGCAGACUUGAAUCUUGAUGGAGCAUGAAGAGUUCAAGAACUUAAAGUGAAAUGAGUAUGUGGGUUUUCAUGUUUGAUUAAGCUGAUAGUAAUAUGUUUUGUUUUCUAAUCGAUAACAGAUCAGCAUUCUAAUUAAAUAAUAUAAUUUAUUUUGCAUAUAUUGUUCUCUAGAAAAUCC